CCCCAGGGGAGUUUUGGUUUAGGGAAUGAUGCUUUCUCCAGGGUGGAAGGGGUGUAGUAUUUGCCUUCAGGAACCUCUUUUCUGGUUAGGCCCAGUCAUAUGCCCCAGCCGGGAGCUCGCACCUGGAGGGGUGGGGAACGUAGGCCUCGCCGGUCCUGGGACCUGCCUGUCCUUGGACUCUCCCCGCUUGUACCUAAUAGUCAGCCAGCCACCUGCUAACUAAUCAAAGGAGAAAAUCCACAUUAAGGGAGGGCCUGAAUCUGUAGAAGUUAUGGUGGAGGUGAGGGAGGGGUGGAGAAAGAAGAGGAUUCCAGAAAUCCUGUAAUUGGUAGGUGUUAUAGUGCCUCUCAGUGUGUACCAGUUAGGCUACUGAUUGUUCUGGUUUCCUCCAGUGGUGGUGAGAAGGUGUGAGUGAAGAGGCCAAGCUAACUGAAAAGUAGUUUAAACAAUUAAAACAAUUAAAGGGGAGAACUGUAGUAGCCUUUGAGUAAGGGAGGCAUAUCCUCCCAUUUUAGUGUAAUUUAUUUAAAAAAAAUUUGCCAGAUCCUGAACUGCCUUCACCUAUAGUUGACUUAGGAAUUGGGUGUCAGUCUUUUCUUUAUAUGUAUGGCCUGAUUUCUCUGUAGCUAAUACUUAAGACACGUUUGCAAAAGUUAAGAAGAGGCUUACUUGUUGGUUGCAAAAGAUUCUUCAGGGAUCAGGGGUGAGUCCAGACAAUGAAGGGAGCUCUUGAAAGAAGGAGUCCUGAAGUCUACAGAUUAUAAAGUGAUUUUGAAGAAGCUUAGUGAGUCUGAGACUUGAGGGGUGAGAAGAGCAUCAUCCCUGGUUACCUUGGGGGGUGGGGGGAGGUGUUAAAUGUCACCUGUGAGACUCAGCAGGAAUCAUAGGCUCAAACCAGAAAGGGUCUGUACCCUGGAGACCUCAGUUCUGGUAGAGUUUGAAAGAAGAGUUUUAUAGAAAGGAGUUGUAUAACAAUUCAGAGAAGCAGCUAAGGAACCAAGGAGGAGAUGGAAAAGUUUAAUGUGAAAAUAGACUGGCAAAAUAUUAGGACUCUGGUAGAAGAAAGAGUGGCCCAAAAUGAAGCAAAACCCAUAAAUAUUUAUGGACAAAAAAAUUUUAUCAUAUGGCUAUGUUAACUAUAAACUUACUUAUAAAGCAAAAUCAUGCCCAUACAUAAAAAGCGUUUCCGUCUACAACUGGUAGUUAACUUACAGGACUGAGUUCUCUAAGAGGCCGUUUGGGUAGAAAAUAUAAGUAAAUUCAAGGAGGGUUUGGCCUUUAAAAGAUUGCAGAUGGAGAGUGUUUAGAAUAUUCUGGGUAAACAGAAGCUUUUGAGGUGAACAUAAUAUAGGAGGCUGGUUGUAUCACUGGUCUGAUCCAAAGCAGCUUUUUUUUUAUUAAAAUGCUUUUUGAGUCUGUCUUGAAGGAAAAGGAAAACAAUUGGGAAUCAUUUAAAUUAUAAAAUGAUGGCAGAUAAUUAACCGGAACAGAUUGACACCUGUGUUCCCUGCAGCCUUGCAAUGGAUACUGGCCGACCACCCUUCAGGGGCCCGUCUCCUGUGUACCCAUCUCAGUCUGUGCGGAUGCCGGGCUCUUGGCAACAGGCUCCAAAACCUCUGGACCCAGCUCUGGGCAGAGCAGGACCUGCAGGCAGAGGCCAUGUAUUUGAAAAGCGAGAGGAGCCAGGCCCACAGAGUGGACCAGUGCAAAAGGAAUCUGUGGGUUUGGUCUCAAUGUUCCGAGGACUGGGCCUUGAAACAGUGUCCCGUACCUGUGUGAAACAGGAAAUGCCUCCUUUAGGUAGAGGCAUUUUAGGUCGAGGCUUGUCUACCAGUAUGGCACGCAAGGACAGAGAAGAACCCCAUCCCACUUUUCUGGAUCCUUCAGCGUUGGCAUCUGGAGAUAGCAAGAUGGCAGAGGCCUCCGUUGGUUGGAAUAGAACGCUUGGAAGAGGGAAUUUGGAUGCCUUUUUAUUACCGAUGGGAAGAGCAGCUGGUGGUAUAGGCAGAGGAGUAUACAAGGCCCCCCAUGCUCUCAGCCUGAAUUCUCAGGAUCCUGCCCAGCUGUCAUCUCCGCCACCUCUGCCUCCGGCCCCACUGCACUCUCUGGAUCGCCCACCACUUGGGACUGCAGAACACAAGGAAAAAGAGCCUUUUGUGAAGCAAGGAUCAAAAGGAACACCUCAAUCUUUGGGAUUGAACCUUAUCAAAAUACAGUGUCAUAAUGAAGCAAUUUUUCAGUAUCAUGUGACUUUCAGCCCCAAUGUGGAGUGCAAAAGCAUGAGGUUUGGCAUGUUGAAGGACCAUCAAGCUGUCACCGGAAACAUCACUGCUUUCGAUGGAUCCAUUCUCUAUCUGCCUGUUAAGCUUCAACAAGUUCUUGAGUUAAAAAGUCAAAGGAAGACUGACAGUGCUGAGAUCACCAUUAAGAUUCAGUUGACAAAGAUCCUGGAGCCCUGUUCUGACUUGUGCAUUCCCUUCUACAAUGUUGUUUUCCGUCGGGUAAUGAAACUUUUAGGUAUGAAGCUGGUGGGGAGAAACUUCUUUGACCCCACAAGUGCUAUGGUACUACAGCAACACAGAUUGCAGAUCUGGCCGGGCUAUGCAGCUAGCAUCCGGAGGACAGAUGGAGGUCUUUUCCUCCUAGCUGAUGUCUCCCAUAAGGUCAUUCGGAAUGAUUCUGUGCUGGACAUCAUGCAUGCCAUGUACCAACAGAACAAAGAAGACUUCCAGGACGAGUGCACUAAGCUUCUGGUUGGCAGUAUUGUCAUGACCCGAUACAACAAUCGUACCUAUCGUAUUGAUGAUGUGGAUUGGAAUAAGACUCCAAAAGAUAGCUUCACGAUGUCUGAUGGGAAGGAGAUUACAUUCUUGGAAUACUACAGCAAAAACUAUGGGAUCACAAUAAAGGAAAAGGACCAGCCACUGCUGAUCCACAGGCCCAGUGAGCGACAGAAUAACCAAGGGAUGCUGCUAAAAGGCGAAAUCCUGCUGCUGCCUGAGCUUUCCUUCAUGACUGGAAUCCCUGAGAAGAUGAAGAAGGACUUUAGAGCCAUGAAGGAUUUGACCCAGCAGAUCAACCUGAGCCCCAAACAGCACCAUAAUGCUUUGAAAUGCUUGCUACAGAGAAUUUCAAAAAAUGAGGCAGCCAACAGUGAACUGACACGUUGGGGACUCUGUCUGCAGAAGGAUGUACAUAAGAUUGAAGGACGUGUUCUGCCAAUGGAAAGAAUUAACUUAAGGAAUACGUCGUUUAUCACAUCUCAGGAACUAAACUGGAUUAAGGAAGUAACCAGAGACCUUUCCAUCUUAACUGUCCCCAUGCAUUUCUGGGCGCUCUUUUACCCAAAGAGAGCAACGGAUCAAGCCCGGGAACUGGUGAACAUGUUAGAGAAGGUAGCUGGCCCCAUUGGCAUACGCAUGAGCCCGCCAGCCUGGGUGGAACUGAAGGAUGAUCGCAUAGAGACCUAUGUCAGAACCAUUCAAUCCAUGCUGGGAGUUGAGGGGAAGAUACAGAUGGUUGUUUGCAUCAUCAUGGGCACACGUGACGAUCUCUACAGGGCCAUUAAAAAGCUAUGCUGUGUGCAGACUCCCGUGCCCUCGCAGGUCAUCAAUGUCCGAACCAUUGGCCAGCCCACCAGGCUUCAGAGUGUGGCCCAGAAAAUUUUACUUCAGAUUAACUGUAAAUUGGGUGGUGAGCUCUGGGGAGUGGAUAUUCCUCUGAAACAGUUAAUGGUGAUCGGGGUGGAUGUUUACCACGACCCCAGCAGAGGCAUGCGCUCUGUGGUUGGCUUUGUCGCAAGCAUCAGUCUCACUCUCACAAAAUGGUAUUCACGAGUGGUAUUCCAGAUGCCUCAUCAGGAGAUUGUGGAUAGCCUGAAGCUGUGCCUGGUGGGCUCCUUGAAAAAGUUCUAUGAGGUGAACCACUGUCUCCCAGAGAAGAUUGUGGUGUACCGUGAUGGGGUGUCUGAUGGCCAACUAAAGACAGUUGCCAGCUAUGAGAUUCCUCAGCUACAGAAGUGUUUUGAAGCUUUUGAAAAUUAUCAUCCCAAGAUGGUGGUAUUUGUAGUUCAGAAGAAAAUCAGCACCAGUGUGUACCUGUCUGCUACUGAGCACUUUGUGACUCCCUCCCCCGGGACUGUGGUAGAUCACACAAUAACAAGCUGUGACUGGGUGGACUUCUACCUUCUUGCCCAUCAUGUACGACAGGGUUGUGGCAUUCCUACCCAUUAUGUUUGUGUUCUCAACACUGCACACCUGAGCCCUGAUCAUCUGCAGAGUUACUAUUUAAUUAAAUUAGAAUCAUAAAAACAAACAACUGGCAUAAAGAAGUUUGGGAAUGGACUUCCUUGGUGGUGCAGUGGUUAAGAAUCUGCCUGCCAAUGCAGGGGACACGGGUUCGAGCCCUGGUCCGUGAAGAUCCCACAUGCCGUGAAGCAACUAAGCCCCGUGCACCACAACUACCGAGCCUGCGCUGUAGAGCCCACAAGCCAUAACUACUGAAGCCUGUGUGCCUAGAGCCUGAGCUCUGCAACAGGAGAAGCCACCACAAUGAGAAGCCUGCCCACUGCGAUGAAGAGUAGCACCUGCCGCAACUAGAGAAAGGCCGCAUGCAGCAACGAAGUCCCAACACGGCCAAAAAUAAAUAAAUAAAUUUAUUUUAAAAAAGAAAAAAAGAAGAAGUUUGGGAACAGACACAACAGACUCUUGGUCAAUGAAUCCUGAACUGGUGACAGCAGAGGGGGCAUCUUUGCUGCAGGGAUGGGCCCAGCCAGCAGAGCUCAGCUAAGAGAGCUCCCGCUCCAUGAAGACAGGCAAACACUGUCUCUGUUCCAAAGAGGCUUGUAAAAUAUGUGUGGGGAUGAGCUGAGUACAUAUGGAAACUUAACAUGCUAUCUGUGGCAUUCGUUAAGCUCCAUUGAGUGGAACAGACAAGAGAUACUUAAAGAGGCCUGUAGAAGGCAAUGCGAUUGGGGGCAGGAGUGGUCUGGGAAGGCUUCCUAGAGGUGGAAUUGAGCGAGUUUUGAAAGCUAAGAAGAGAGGGAGGGCUCCUGGCCGGGAGAGUUGUGUGAAUAAUGGCAUUGAGAUGUAUAUUCCUGGGGCAGGGGUGGUCACCCUAGGUCAGAGUGGCUGAUAGAGGAAAGAGCAAGUGACAUGGCUAGAAAUUUAGGUGGGAUCCAGUUAUUUAGAAGGGCUCUGGGGUCUAAGGUACCAAUAUUCUCUAAGUUUUAGCUGUUUCCCUAUCAAAGACUUGCUGCUCGUUUCAGCAGUGGUGUCUUGGGGUCCAGCCUGCUCUUAUCCAGAGCAACUCCAGUGGCCCCAAAUCUACAUCCUUUGCAUCAGUCCACUUACUCCAUCCAACCUCCUGCCCCUGAUUAUCGAGAGUAAUGCAUACUUGCUGACAAGUAUAAAGAAGUAUGGGAGAAGUCUAAUCCUGUGGCCCUGAGGCAACCUCCGUUAAUCUGCUCAAUCAUUUCCUUUCAUUUUAAACCUUUUUUUAAAAACUAAUUUUAGACUUAAAAGUUGCAAAGAAUAUAGCAGAGUUCUUUUAUAUCCCUCACUCCAUAGUAUAAUUAUCAAGAACAGGAAAUCAACAUUGGUGCAAAACUUUAAACUACAGGCCUUAUUUAAAUUUUACCAAUAUUUUCACUGAUGUAUUCUGUCCCAGGAUCCAGUCUGCCAUCCCAUGUUGCAUUUAGUUGUUAUUUCUCUUUAGUCUCCUUCAAUCUGUAACUGUUCCUCUGUCUUUCUUCCUUAGAAUGAGGUCGUGUAUUUUUAGCAAGAAUAUCACAAAAAUUAUGUUGCAUCCUUUUAAGAGCAUCGUAUCAAGGCAUUCAUGAUGUUGACGUCUCAUUACUAGUGAUGUUUUCCUGGAUCACUUGGUUAAAUCGGGGUCUGCUGGACUUCCACACUGGAAAAGUUACUCUCAUGUUAAAUCCUUCUCUGGUUCAAAUCCCUUUCGCCAGGAGGAGCCUAUCACCUGAUUAGUUCUGACCCAUACAGGAUCAUUUCUCUAUCUUAAGUUCAAAUAAUUUGGUCAGCUGAUAUCAGCAAAAUCCCUUUUGGAAGAUAAUGUAACCUAAUAACAGGAAUGAUAUCUCAUUUUCAGGUCCUGCCCAUACACAAAGACAAGGGUCAUUGGGGGCCAUCUUGGAAUUUUGCCAACCAUAGCAAGAGAGUCUCAGAUAAAAGUUAUCGAUCCUUAAUUCCAUCAUCAAAGUAUUAGUUUCCUAAGGCCACCCUAACAAAUGACCACACUCUGUGGCUUAAAACAACAGAAAUUUAUUAGAUCUGGAGGCCAGAAGGCUGAAAUCAAGCGGUCAACAAGGCCACAUUCACUCUGAAGGCUCUAGGGGGAAUCCUUCCUUGCCUCUUCCAGCUUCUAGUGGCUGCAAGUGUUCCUUGGCUUGUGGCAGCAUCACUCCCAUCUCUGCCUCUGUCUUCACAUGGUCUUCUCCUCUGUGUCCCAAUCUCCCUCUCCUUUAUCUUAUAAACAUAGUAAUCAUCGGAUUUAGGGACUACCCUAAAUCCAAGAUGACUUCAUCUCUGAGAUCCUUAAAUCAUUAUAUCUGCAAAGACCAUAGUUUUCAAUAAGGUUCCAUUCUGAGGUUUUGGGUAGACCUGGAUUUGGGGGGGUAUUAUUCAACCCACUAUGCUCAGGAUGGGGGGAGCUGUCCUUUGUAAACUGUGGUUCACAGAGCUGCAAAAGAGAAGGGAGAUUUGUUUUUCGACCAGAGUCAGAGAGCAGGCCUGGCUGUCGAGGAGGCAAGGGCCCAGCCUCAGACUGCCUGCUCCCCUCGUGUUGACACAGAUCUGAGAACCAGGUGGGUAUAAAUGAUUGAGGACUCUGGCUUCAGAGUCCCUACAUGCUAGACACUUUGCAAUGCCAACAGUUCGUCUCUGUGCAAGGAGUUCUCACUGAGUGUUAGUUUCCCUGUAGGAAGGGCAGGGCAGAGAUUGCAGUACCCAUUUGGCAGAGAGGGGGAACUGACUUCAAAGAGUUUCUGUAAAUCACAGAGUGUCAGAGAUAGUCUGUGUCUAGUCCAGCAGUCCUGACUAGACUGAAAUGUCAGACCAGUGCCCCAGACAAGAGCCAGGUUGAUGUGUCAGAACUACACGUACAGAUACGUGGAUCUCACCCAGGAAGCUCUGAUUCAGGAGAACUGAGGUGAGGCCCUGCUCACUGGGGCAGCCAGGUUGGGGCACCAGGCACACAUGAAGUCCAGCCCGUGGCAGAUUAGGACUGGAAUCCACCUCCAGACUCUAAGUGAAGAUCUUUAAAAAGGGUAGAGAAAAGGCUUCCACUUGGUCAUCAUUAAGCCUUUCCCGGGCCUCCCUGGUGGCACAGCGGUUAAGAAUCCGCCUGCCAAUGCAGGAGACACGGAUUCGAGCCCUGGUCCGGGAAGAUCCUACGUGCCGCGGAAAAACUAAGCCCGUGUGCCACAGCUACUGAGCCUGCACUCUAGAGCCCGUGCUCUAGUAACAAGAGGAGCCACCGCAAUGAGAAGCCCGCGCACUGCAACAAAGAGUAGCCCCCUCUCUCUGCAACUAGAGAAAGCCCGUGUGCAGCAAUGAAGACCCAAUGCAGCCAAAAAUAAAUAAUUUUUUUAAAAAAUCAAAAUAAAAUAAAAUAAUUUUUUUAAAAAGCCUUUCCCAUUUCCUAAUUGAACUCUAAAAUGAACUUUCUUCUUUUUUUUUUUUGGCUGCCCUGCACAACUUGCAGGAUCUCAGUUACCCCGACCAGGGAUUGAACCCUAGCCACGGCAGUGAAAGCAUGCCAAAUCCUAACCACUAGAGCACCAGGAAACUCCCUUAACCUUCUUAAAGUAAUGCAAGUUCAUUGUAGAAACUACAGAGUACUAAAAAGAUAACAGAAGUUACCAUUAAACCCACUACCAAGAAAUAACAGUUUGUUAUAUAUUUUUAGUUUUUUCUAUGAAUGCAUACAUUUUAAAGAAAACUGGUCUGCUGUACAUAGUUUUGUAGACUUUUUU